GUCUCGAACCAUGAGACUGCUGGUGUGAAGUCACCAACGAAGAAAAAAUGGGCAGCAAACAAAAAAUCUGGAGUGCCAAAGAGCUCUGCCACUGGCACAAACAUAAAAUCUACAUUAAAAAAUCAUGAAACCCUGUUGAAAGGAAUUAGGUCAAAAGUGAAGACUAUUCUCUACCAGGCAGAGGGUUCGGUUGACACUGAGGCAGAAAUCAAUGAUCUCCAAGAGAAAUGUGAUAAGCUUUUCUCUUGGUUAACUGAAGAGAACAAGAAAAUAGAAAUGAAAGAAAGAUCAACAGUAGCCAUGGAGUUUUUGAAGGUGAUGCGUAAAUUAGAGCAGUCCUCAGAAAUACCAUCAGUGGUCAAGGUUAAAGACUGGUUAGUUGAAAAUUUAGAUGGUCUAAGUGUGGCUGUACUGGCAGACUUGUAUCAAAUGUACAUUAACUCCCCAGUCUCCGAAGAACGCUCAUCAAUAUUGACCCAGACCCUGGAGAGGCUAAGAUCUGGAGUUCUCUCUCCAGAGGAUACUUUUCACUUGCUGGUGCGAAGCCGUGAUGCGGACUUGAUUGAUAUGUUUCUACCCGUCAUUAAAGCCAACUUGGGAAAGAUGCAGUUCAGGGAGUUCUCACUUCUGAUGCAGUCCAUGGCAUCAGUUCAAGAUCGUAACAAAGUUAUCAUAAACAUGAUAUGUUCCUCUCUAGCGGAUAGGUUUGAAGAGCUGGAGGUACGGAAGAAGCCUGUGGCACAAGUGGUUUCAUUGGUUGAAUCACUAGCAAGGUUACAUAUUUACAAUGGCGACCUAUUAGAAAAGCUGGCCCAGGUACUCGUGCGGAACAAGCGGUUCAUGAGUGCAGCUCAGGUGUUAGAACUGUUGUCUUCAUUGUCACACCUACGCCUCAGGGACCCAAUGCUGCUAGCCUUCAUUGACAGUGAAAUUGACCAGAAACACAUGGUUUUAGGCCGCGCAUUUCCAAAGAAACUUGCAGAUGUGUUACUGUCAUUUGCUAAUUUGAAUUACGUUCCUGAAUAUAGUUGGAUAUCCGAACCAAUGUUUUGGAGCUACUUUGAAACCACCCCAGUUCAACACAAACAUGUCUGGCUGGACAUGAUAUGGUCACUGGUCAUCUUGAACAAGGCUCUCCCAGAUCAGAUACAGAGCGUCUUGUCACCAAGUUUUUAUGAACCAUUAUUGAAGACAUUUGAGGAGAAAGAUGCUGGCGUUCAGCAGAAUUUGGCCUGCAGAAAGUUACUGCAGAUAAAUGCCAGCGCCAAUUUGGACAUGGAGGGGACGUAUGAAGGGGAGCUGCUGCCGGAGGAUUUUAUCACCAGAUAUAACGUGAAGCCUCCCUCCAUUCCCAAGGUCUCCCUGGUGCAUGCACUGAGUAAGGUGGUAAAACUCCAGGCUGUCAGUGAGGACUGCUUCAAGGAGAAUGUGUUCCUAGACUCGGGCCACUUGAUCCAUGUGGAGCUGCUUCUGAAUCAGCAGGGUUUUUAUGAACCUCUUGAUAAAGAGCACUCAGAUGAUGUAUUCAGAGUGGCAGUCAUUGUGAUGGAUUUCCCUUUCAUGACGCUGGGAGACGUGCAGCCUGUGGGAGCAUUUGCACUUACAAUCAGGCACUUGGAGAAACUGGGGUACUUAGUGGUAGAGAUUCCUUACACAGAGCUGGGAGUGGAGUCAAAGGUCAAUGUCCUCAGCAAUGCCCUGAAGAGAGCAGUACAAAGCAGAAUCGCUGACCAGCUCAGUGAAGCAGUCUGAUUUGCUGACUGUCAUGGAUCUUAUCACCUGAAGUUAAAUUUUUCACUGGAAACACAGACAUGUUGCUUUCUCUGCCCCUGCUGUUCUUCACACAGUUUACCAUGUGAUCUUUGACCCCAGAGAAGUCACGUGAUUUCAUAUGACCUUUGACCUGAGACAUGAAUUCAAAAUUAUGGACUAUGAACAACAGUAAUAUGUUGUCUCGCAGAUCUUAGAAUGUUUUGCUUGUUCCAUGCUGUUUUUGCCCUCUGAGGUGCUUUGGUGGGGAAAAAGCUGAUUAAGUAUAGUGCUAGAACUUGGUAUAUGUGAGCAAUUUGUAUUUGUCCAGUGAAAUAUUAGACGUUCAAAAACGCUUUUAAGGAUAAAUGAUCAUAAAAUAAGUCACGUUUACAUAUCUUCCAUCAAAUAAUUUAUUUGAAUUGGAUUUUACUGCAUUGGUUAUGUGAAAUAACUGUUUUCUUGAAAUGUGUUAGAGUUGAGUCAAAAAUCACAGUUACAAUUUGGGUUAUUCAACAAAAAAAGUGGACAUGUGAGCCCAUGACACGCACUUUGUGUAAUAUUUGCAUAGCUGUUUUAUAAUAAUUUUAAUUACUGUUGCAUUCUUUUUAUAUUGGAGGAU